AUAUAUAUAUAUAUACACACACACACACACACACACACAUACAAAGAGUGAAAGAGAGAUGGCGAAGAAGAUAAUGGUUAUAGCUGUGGUUCAGGUUUUAAUAUCAUCGUGGUCUAUGGAGAUUGCUGAAUCUUCUGCUUUCGACUGCUAUGAAGAUUGUUCCACUGGUUGUGUUCAAAGCGACACAAGGCUUGUGCAGCAUUGUGACCGCAAGUGCCAGAUAGAAUGCAAUCCAUGGUUAGCUUUUGGUCCAAAGUUUCCACAAGAUAAAAAACGAUGCGAGUCUUUAAAGAUCACCUUGCAGAGCUCAGAUGGCGAGUCCUUCGAAGUGGACAAGGCCGUGGCAUUUGAAUCACAGACGAUCAAGAACAUGAUCAAAGAUGCUUAUGACGAUUGCGUCUUUCCUCUGACGAACGUGACUAGCAAGAUCUUGGCCAAAGUGAUCGAGUAUUGCAAGAAGCACGUCAAAGUUCCCAAGACCAACGAUGGUACGGUUGAUGAGGAGCUAAGGAAUUGGGACAACGAAUUUGUAAAUGUCGAUCAUCCUACUCUCUUUGAUCUUAUUCUGGUUGCAAACUAUCUGGACAUAAAAAAUCUGUUGCACCUGACAUGCGAGACACUUGGUGACAUGAUAAAAGGAAAAAGCGUUGAGGAGAUCUGCACAAUGUUCAACAACAAGAACGACUACACCCUGACGGAGGAGAAAUUAUUAGAUAGUUUUAAACCAUUAACACUUGGUGGAAGAGAUUCUAAGGAAGAAGAGAAUCAGUGGGCAUUUAUUUGAGUGAGAAAUUAAUCCACAGUAUAUUAGGGUUGAUAGUAUUGUGUAUUAGGAUUUGAAUUGCAUAAACCCUAAUAUUUGAGUGAGAAAUUAAUCCACACUACAUGACAUCAUUUUAAUA